UUGAAAAGAGCCCACUCUGGGAAAUAUGAUAUUCAUAACCGUCCGAUAACUGUAAGGGAAAGCUACAAAGUUAAUGUUGGAUUGAAGUGUAAAGAUAAGUUAUCAAAAUAUACAAUGAAAAACAACCAGAGUUAUUUGACACUAUUUAAUCGAUCUACAAAAUACCCUGAGCUACAUGACGAAAUACGUAAACACUAUGAUAUACCACAGAAAGAUCAAACAUUUGUUGGUAAUUAUAACGGUCACUCUCUGGAGCAAGAUUUCAUUGAUAUAGAAACAUAUGGUUUGAGUUGUAGAGACAAAAAAAAAAGGAAUACAAGUAUAUAUAUUUAUACUAUCCUAAAUCAUUUGCGAAGCUGGAGUUUUCAAAGUUGUGCAAUAAGUCAUAUUCAAGCAUGUUUGAAUUAGAUACAGAAAUUAUUGGACCCUAAGAAACAGUAAUAUCAUCUGCAUGGGCAGAAGGUACCUCAACGAUUACUGUGCCACCCAGCUUACCAGGAUCGAAUUUUGUUGACAGAAGUAUAUGCAGUGUUUGUUCUUGUACGUAUAUUGGUAGCUGUCUACGCAGUGAGCAAAAUGAAAGUUACACAGCAACUUUGCUAGCAGAUCAAACAGACAACAUUAUGACAGAGGAUACUUUUUUAGCAUCACCCGAUCCAGAUGCUGUGACAAAUACUGCCAAAACUGACAUAGAUGUAAACAUAGAAAAUUCUACUCUUCGUGAUUUGAGAUUGAGACAUUUUUCAAGAAACACACAAAAACCAGUGAGAUAUAGACAUUCAAUUGGCUCACCCUCAUUGUCUCUUCAACUAGAAUCAACAGAGGACAGUUCAGCAUUUGGUGAUGAUGAAGUGAAUCGUUUUAUGGAAAAUUAUGAGACAGAUAAUUUUGAUAAUGCUACUCCACAGUUUGAAGAAACAGAAACUGAUUCUAUCGCAUUUAUGCAAAACUGUGAAAGCUACUUCACCAAUUUACCAAAAAUAAACACAAAGCAUAUCAUCAUACAACGAGAUUCACAGCGUUUUUGGCCUGUAUUAUUACGUCAAAAUUUUGAUCUUUCGUCUGAAAAAAUAGCUAUCAGAUUUGCAGGUGAACCCGGUGCUGAUGCAGGUGGACCGCUGCGCGAAUUUUACUCAUUGUCAAUGAGAUGGUUUACCACUAUCCCUGGGGUAUUUUUCGGAGAUGACAAAGGAAUUUGUUUCAAAUUAAUGCCAGAUGGUGUAUUAAAAAAAGUAUAUUACAAGAUUGGGCAGUUAACAGGUGCAUCUAUUAUACAUGUUGGAAGAGGUCCAGAAUGUUUCUCUGAGCUCAUUUUCAAUGCAUUGUAUGAUUUGCCAUAUCCUGAUAAAAUAACACCAAUAAAUGAUGCAGAAUUCAAGUAUAAAUUGUUAAUUGCUGUAGUUCCCAAUAAAAACACAAACUUGGAGAAGAAAAUUUAUUUCAAUUUUGUAAGAAUAAACUGAGGAUAAUUUGGCGGAAUCGGGUGAGGAUGCUAGGCUGAAGAGAAGAUAUUGUCUCAAGCUCACGUGCGUGUUCCCAAUAAAUUCGCUCUUCUCCACUACAUCCGGAGCUCUUCUCCUAGUAGUGUUCGCUCUUCUCCACUACAUCCGGAGCUCUUCUCCUAGUAGUGUUUUCUGGCUUAACUAAUCUCUCAAUCACAUCCGGAGCUCCUCUCCUGUGAUUCCAUUUCCUCUAUCAUACCUCACAAGAACCUACUCUUUAUGAGCUCUAGCUUCUUUUGCAUUUCACACCUGUUAUUAACCUCUUGGUGCACCACCUCUGACUGUCAGCGCCGCAUGCCCCUGCUGUUAUUUCCCCAGUCAUCUGUCCUGCUCGCGUGGUGCACCGUCGUUCAUCUCCUCGCACCUGUACUGAAUUCACCAUACUCUUCCAGGGGUACACGCACAUCUCUACACUUUGUGGCUGCCCAGGGCAGCCCAGCACCCCCAAAUUCCCCAAAUGAAAAUUCAUUAUCUAUGAGGCAAUAUUUUUGACAAGAACUACGACGAGAUAAUUCAACAUGCCAUAACAGGCUUAACAAAUAGACAUGAAAAGAAAACUACAUGCAAGUGCCUAUAAAUUAGCCUUUUACAAUUCGGGUAAUAAAAUCCCCAUUGAUAAAACGAACAAUGGGCCACCCUUAGCCCCCCCGAAAUAACAGGUAAUUUCUUAAAGCUUUUACUGACCAAAAUUUGUGUUCAAUCAUAGCAAAACGAAUUGUGACACCUUUCCUAAAUGGAGCUGUUUUGGAUGCCUUGAUGUUAAAUGUAAAUAGCAGUUCUGAAAAUAGAAGCCUGACCUUAUUUAUUAAUCACUCUAGGGCAAAUGUAUAAUGGCUAAUAUGGAAGAUUUCUUCAUAAAAAAUAUCAGAAACUUUUUUCAUGUGGAUUACUUUUACAUUAACAAAAUUAAAAAUUUGAAGAUAAACUUUUUGGAUUUUGUCAUUCAUUAGUUUUCAACUUUCUCCCUGGAAAUUUUUAAGGUUUAAAGCCCAUGUCCCACAGUAACUUUUUCAUCCUUAUCCUAAUGUUAAUACAUAAUCUAUGCAACAGCUUUUGUAGUAAAAUUAAAACACAUAAAAACGAAAAGCGGCAAUAAAACGAAUAGCGGCGAUAGAAAUGCUUUUUUAGAUCGUAUUUUAAAAGUUUAAAAUCGAAAAGAGGCGAUAGAAAUGUGUUUUUAGAUCGCAUUUUAAAAGUUUAUAAACGAAAAGCGGCAUUUAAUAGUUGUGAACCAUGCUUCUCGAAUGUUUCUUAGAUUAAACGCGCUGGAAUUUUUUUUUUAAGUAAUUGAAUCAAUAAUACAUUCUCGCGCAAUGUAUUAUAAAACUUCGCGAAAGAUUUUUAUUAUAUAAUUACUUCACGCUAAUACUUAAGGGAACAGCUUAUCAAUACAUUUACACAAUGCAUCUCGCCAUCAAAAAAAAUAGAAUUGCUCCGACAUCUCUUCGCGAGCGCAUUGUUUUUUAACACGCAAAUAUAAUCUCGCAAAACGCUCAAGGGAUUUAAUUAUAACAAAAAACAAACGACUGCCGUCCACCACGCAAAGGUGUGAUAUUAGGAUGUACGCGGUAGAUUACAUUCAGACUGUACUGUACUGAAUCACUCUACAAUGACACGUAUUUAAAUGCCUAAUAUAAAGAAAAUACAUAAAAUCGGAAGCCUAACCGUAUUUAUACGCCCAACCAUUCUAAAUUAAGGGCACUGACAAUAAAAGCAUGUCCAGAUUUCCAAAUUGCACAAAAGAUAUAGCCUGAUUAAACAAUUUUAGGUAUCAUUCAAAAUACGGCUAUGUGAAAUGUUUAUAAAAUUGAUCCUAAAAGACUGGACACUUAUUGAAAAAAAAAAAUUAAAAAAAAAUCCAACUUAAAGUGAGGUAGGAUCGCCUAAGUAGAAAUUGCCAAUGAGAAGAUCAUGUGGAUCUAAACUAGUAAUCGGUUGAAAGCAACACACAACUCCACUAUUGGCGUUUAAAAAGGCUCCCUGCGCCCAGGAGUCGAGUUAAAAUUUAUCUAAACUACUCAGGAGUGUUUCACGAGGCUCAACUCUCUGGUUUCACGGUAGUUUAACUACAAUUUGCCGCUUUUUGCCGAUUGUUGCGCGAUUCCUUGUUUUCUGCCGUAAAAUAGUCGACCCCGGCGGCAGCCGAAGUGUGGACCUUUGACCCUCUUAAACAAACAAAUAAUUUUGACGCCAAGAAGAAUCGCGCCAAAGUGUGGACUUUUGUAAAACAAAGAAUAUGUGACGUCAAGAAGAAUCCCGCGGAAGUCGGCGAAAUUUACAGUAAAGAAAGAUUGAAAUUAAUUUACUCUACCUAUUGUUAUUGCCUCCCGGUAGCCGGUUGGUUGAAUAGGGUAGGAUUAAACAUGUCUAAAGGCUAAGAGAGUUUUGUAUUGACUUGCAGCAAGUAAAUGGAAGGCCGGAAUGAAAUUGAGCAAUGUUGCUAAAAAGAAACAUGACUGGAAAACAUUCUCUGUGAUGCCUGGGAUUGCAGAAGAAAGCAGUUUGGCAAAAUAAACAGACUUUUUUGAGUUAACAAAAUUAUAGCAUUAACUUUAUAAUGACAAAGUUUUCAGAUUCAAAGCUUCUGGCAAUAAACAAUUUUAAACCAUUUCUUAAAAUGGCCACAGACGAGAACACUAGUCGUGACUAGCUUUGGGAGAAUGACUUCGACAAGACUUGAUGAUGAUUGGUUGAAAAGCUCUAAUCUUAUAUCGAGAUAAUUCCUGGGAACGAUGUUAAUUAUAAAAAAUUAGGAAAAAGGCAUGGUUUUAAUUAAUGGGUGAAAUGACGAAAGUCUUUCACAUUUCACUAAAGAAGUUAUGCUGACAGGCAUGGAAAAUGUUUGUGGUUCUACCAACAUAAAGAAAAUGACUUAGCAUAUAUACAUAUACAGCGCUAUCCUGAUUGACACAAAAUGUGUAAAUGUAGUUAAUGAUAUCUGUUUUUAAAUGAUUUGUUUUGGUAAAAAUUUCAAGUAGUUAGUGUUUACCGCAUAACAGCUAGGUAUUUCCAAGUGUAAUUCAACAUUUUAGAGUCUUAGCCAAUAAGGGCUACAUAUUUUUGACUGAAUGCUGUGCUAAAUCAGUGGUCAUUCAAUUGUUGUGGUAGGUUGUGUUGUUUUUAAUUAGCUAUUGCUGCGUAAAAACCAAAUUUUAUAUAGCGGCCUUUACUUGUGCAAAAUCAUGAUAUAAUUUUGCUAUUUUUAUUUUAUUUAUCUGUUGUUGUUUAUGGUGUACUAUGAUCUAAUAAUACAAAUAAAGCCUAUUUACAAUGCAA